CUUUAUCUGUAGCCUUCCCUUAGGUCUUAAGGAUCCCGAAACUUGACUGCGGACAUUGGAUUUGGUGGAACAGCAAUCAUGACUGUGGGAAAGAGCAGUAAGAUGCUGCAGCACAUUGACUAUAGAAUGAGAUGUAUCCUGCAAGACGGCAGAAUCUUCAUUGGAACCUUUAAGGCUUUUGACAAGCAUAUGAACUUGAUCCUCUGUGAUUGUGAUGAGUUCAGGAAGAUCAAGCCAAAGAAUGCGAAGCAGCCAGAGCGUGAAGAAAAGCGGGUUUUGGGUCUGGUGUUGCUGCGUGGGGAGAACUUGGUUUCCAUGACUGUGGAGGGACCACCCCCUAAAGAUACUGGUAUUGCUCGGGUACCACUUGCUGGAGCUGCAGGAGGUCCUGGGGUUGGCAGAGCAGCUGGCAGAGGUGUACCAGCUGGUGUUCCAAUUCCCCAGGCUCCUGCUGGGUUAGCAGGCCCUGUCCGAGGGGUUGGGGGGCCAUCCCAACAGGUAAUGACUCCACAGGGAAGAGGCACUGUGGCAGCUGCUGCAGUUGCUGCUACUGCCAGCAUUGCUGGAGCCCCGACUCAGUACCCACCAGGACGGGGGACUCCACCCACACCUGUGGGCCGAGCAACCCCCCCACCAGGCAUUAUGGCUCCUCCACCUGGUAUGAGACCACCCAUGGGCCCACCAAUUGGGCUUCCCCCUGCUCGAGGGACGCCAAUAGGCAUGCCCCCUCCAGGAAUGAGACCCCCUCCACCCGGAAUUAGAGGUCCACCUCCCCCAGGAAUGCGACCACCAAGACCCUAGGAUACUGUUGAUCCUUCUUAGUCACUUUUUUCCUGCAAUGUGUCUUGUGAAACUGUGUAGAGUGUUUGUGAGCUUUUGUCCCCUUUGCUGAAUUAAUAUUAACUAAUAAAUGCAUAGAGCAAUGAAACUGUGAGGUACUUGUACAUUUUUUUGCCUGUUGAUUUUGUUGAGGUCAGAGUGAAGACUGGGAUUUUUCUGGUCUUGAACUUAUGGAUGAGGUGAAUCCUGUUUAGCAACUCAUAUAAUUUUCUCUUUAAUUCUUAUGACAAAAUGAUUGUGCUGCUUGUUUCAGUUUCCUAACUUCCACUUUGUGCAGUGACUGGUAUCAGUUAAUAUUCUUUACACAUAAGGAAACUCUUGACCCGGGGUGGGUGGUUAAGUGGUCGAGCCAAGACACACAUGGCCUCCUCCACUUUACUGUGCCAUACAUAACUGAAAGGAAGUAGAGAAUGGGAUGAAAGGCCUUGUAAGGCCACCUAUUAAAGGAAAUGGUGGUACUGACUCAGACUUGCUUCAUUAAAUCAAAGCAUAUAGAAUAGGAGGUACUCCUUUUCCUUGGAAGUUUACCUCAAUUGAUAAGCUUCUACGAUGCCAUUGUGCCUUCUGAUCAGAGUAGAUGACACAGUCCUGGAAUGGUCAUCAUUCCCUACCAGUGAGUAAGUAUUUACUUAUAAAUUUUUAAAUGAAUGGCAGAGCCUGGGUAAGGGGAGCCAGAGCAAUUACAUGUUUGAGAUAAGUUGUGUUAGUUAAAGAUAACUUAACACCCUAAAAUAUAAUUGACUCUAAUGUACAGAUUAUUAUCAGCUGCAUCGAUGAAUGAUGUACUGGAAGUAUUCAGAGGAGUAGACAGUCUCUCCAGUUAAAUAGUUAAGGAAUGCCCAAGUGUCUAGUUGUAUUUGAGUUUGUUAUGAAACAUUGAAAUCUACUUUUAAAAGGAAGAGGGAGGAGGUUUUUAGGUUUUACUGCUAAGGUUUCAACUAGGCGAUGAGUGAAUCCUUACUGAUUGUAGGAAUUAGCUUGUAAAAUACUACAGUUAGAGAUUGGUAUAAACCCUUAAUAACAUAAGACUAGUAGACUGAUUGUGUCUUUUCCUUUACUUAUACCAGCAGAGGUGUGUAUGUCACCUUUUCCAUCUUUUUUUUUUUUUGAGGAAGAUUGGCCCUACUCUAAGAUCUGUUGGCAAUCUUCCUCUUUUUCUUUUUUUCUCCCUAAAGCCCUGGUACAUAGUUGUGUAUCAUACGUGUAGAGUUGUAGCUCUUCUAUGUUGGACGCUGCCUCAGCAGGGCUUGAUGAGCAGUGAGUAGGUCUGCACCCAGGAUCUGAACUGGCAAACUCUGGUCCACUGAAGUGGAAUGCGUGAACUUAACUGCUGUGCCACCAGGUCACCCCCUCCCUUUUCCAUCUUUUAAAUCAUGGCUUUUCAAGUAAUAGUCUCCCAAGGAAAAGGGACCUUAAAAAUGACUACAGUGCUGUCACCAACUUUAUCUACUUUUUAGUAUAUACUUGAUGUACUCGAGUCUCUCUCAGAGUAGUUUCUAAGAUUGAUGGUCACUGUCAGGUAAGGAAUAUAAUGUAGCCACGCCUUCCUUGGUUUAGGAGAUUUGUAUAAUACAGAUGUGAUGGUUUUUUUUAGAGUUUCUGAAUGUUGAAACUUCCUGGUUACCAGAGCUCCAGGCAAAGUGCUUUAUCUAGGUCUCUGGAGGCAAAGCCAUUCUGUUAAGAUAAAAUUGACUGAUACACAUGACCGAUACUUGUGCUCUAAAAUCUAUAUAGAUGGAAUCUAAAGAGCCUUGUUUUCUAAUAAGUCUGCUCUCUGGACCAACUUUGAAUAAUUUUUGGUACUUUUUCUGGUUUUGGAAGGAAAACAUUCCUCUUCGCUUAGAUCUGCUGGCGUGGAUGGCCCUUAGAGUUGGACAUCAGCGAUCGUGCAGUAUGUUUGAAGAGAACCUGUUCUCUAAUAUUUCCUUAACUAAAGAUGGCCUCUUUUGCAAGUUAGAGUUGAUCACUCUGAAAGGAAGAGAGAAUUUGAUCACUGAAUUAUCUGAUGUGUCAAUGUGGAUCCUACCCAGUAGUGUCGCAAUGAGGCUGAAAAUCGGAUUAGCUGCGUUUAGAAGAGAAACUUAAACCGCUUCAGGUAAAAUAACUUUGUAAAGAAAAGAAAGAGUGUAUUUCAGAGGCCUUGGCUAGGUUCAUGAUGACACAGGACCUUGUCUGAAUAUAAUGAUUUCAAAAUUUGAGCUUAAAGUGACACUCUGAAAUCCAGUCAAUGUGCCUCACGAUUUUUCAGAGAACAUUAUUCUCAAGAGAGAAUGUUGGCUUGACAUGUGAAAACUUUGAAUACUUAGAAAUGGCAGGUGUAGUAGUACACUUUGCCAGUUACUCAGACAUCCCUUUUUUAUUUUCAUAGAUAUUCUGAGAUAAUUCUUUUUUUCUUCUUCUUUUUUUUUUUGUUUUUUGCCGCAUGUAUAUAUGUAUGCAUGCUGAUGAAAGCAAAAAAGGAAGCUCAUCCUUGGAUCCCAGAAGGCACAUGUGUGUGGGGAGAUGGAAGCGAGGACAUGUAAAAAGGAGACUUAUCAUCUCUUGGAUCAAACACUGAAUGCCAGAGUUUUGACUAAGUGAUGUCCAGGAAGAAGACGAACUAAUAUUAUGAAACACAACGAAUGUGGUGAACAUGAUGAAAGAAAGACAUUUACAGUUAAUCUGAGGACCACUGAUAUCAUCAGAAACAUUUCUCUUCUAUGGAGUUCCUUAAUUCAUAAGUCUUCGCUGUGAACCACAGGAGAUGAUGGUUCCAAGAAAAGAUACUUUGUCAUCUUUGUUUUUAAUCCCAAGAAUCAGUACCACUGGACCUGUUGCAAUAUUCCUCAUUGAAGUGUUCUUCAUUCCCAUCUCUCGUCCAGGAAGACCCCUUGGCGAUAUGACUGUAAGGACAGUGAUGACUGAAUAGGAAACUGAUGCCAUUGCUUCUGCCACCAUCUUCGUCAAACCAAAAGGUGGUCUUCGUAAUGUAUGGAGACUCUUCUUUCAUGUGUUGCAGUGGAUACUUUUUGCAGAUCAGAAAAACUGGACUGAGAAAGCUCAUGUUUUAAAGUAAUCUAAAGAGUGUCACUGGAGAGAAUUGUAACCAGGCAUGUUGACUGUUUUCAUUGUUGCCAUUGGACAGAAUCUCAGGAGCUUGAAUCUCGGGGACAUUAUUACACAAAAGCUCAGGAUGGUGUAAUUGCAGGGCUUCAUUUCAGUUCUCCCAUAAGUAUUUAAGUGCGUAUAUUUAUAGUUUUCACUUAUCACAAGGUAGACUUAAAAUUGUUUCAUUAAAAAAUCACCGUUUUCCUGACCCGGUGGCGUAGUGCUUAAGUGCAUGCGCUCUGCUUUGGCAGACUGGGCUUUGCGGGUUUGGAUCCUGGGCGCGCACCAAAGCACCGCUUGUUGGGCCUGCUGUGGCGGUGUCCCAUAUAAAGUAGAGGAAGAUGGGCACAGAUGUUAGCCCAGGGCCAUUCUUCCUCAGCAAAAAAGAAGAAGAUUGGCAUGAGAUGUUAGCUCAGGGCUAAUUUUCCUCACACACACACAAAAAGUCACCUUUUUCAAGAUUUCCAAGGGUAGAGGAAUUUGUGUAUUAUAGUAUUUUUAAUUCUUAAAUGCCUUUUUUCCUCCUAAUUCUACUCCCCAGCGUUAUCUACUGUCAGUGGGAGUUUUGUGCACAUACUUUUGUGGUAUGUUGAUAAACAAAUUUAUAGGCAAGUAGUUUUUUUUGCUCAGACAUUAGCUACAGAUUUUCUAUGCAGUAAACAUGCUUAUAUAAAAAUUAUUUUGAAUUUGUCCAGCUAAUUUGUUGAAAUAAUUUCAGUGAAUUGGAACUGCUAGCACUAGGGAUAUCCAAAAAUUUAUAUUUUGAGUUAACAGUACAGAUUUCACCCUAAUUGUAGAGACAGUCCUCAUUAGUCUUAUCUCCCAGUUUUUGUUCGUGAGAGUUCUGUUUCCUGAAACUGUACAAACAUUAGAUAAUCAGUGUUUUAAUAUUUAACAAUGUGAUAUUACAAAGAAAUUGCUUUUCUGCUGUUAUUGUUCAGCUUCAUCAUUUUUGUGUAUCCUUAAUCCUUAAUGGUCAUUUGUGUUAUUUCAUUUUCGUCUGCAUUUUCUUUUUUUUCCACUUACCUUGGAAUAUUAAUGUCUGUGUUACUGGUUUCUAAGAGCUCAUUUAUAACUAAGGAUGUUAACCAUUUGUCAUACAUUGCAAGUGAAAUACCAUGGUUUUUUUGGCAUCAUUUUACUGUGGUGUUUUAUUUUUUGGUUGUACAGAAGUUGUGUAUUGAAAUACAAUCAUGUUCUGCUUAGCGCCA